GUCAAAGAAAUUAUAUGCAAUGGAAACGAAAGAGUCUAUGAGUAUAUCUUAUGUUGGUUUGCAAACAUCUUACAACAUCCAAGUGCUAAAAAUGAAACUGCUCUCAUUAUAAUUGGAAAACAAGGAACUGGUAAGAACACUUUCUUUACAGAUAUCUUAUGCAAACUAUUAGAGGGCUAUUCGAACCCUAAUAUGACAAACUUAGAAAACAUCUGCGGUAAAUUUAACUCUUCAAUAGAGAAUAUGAAACUUAUAGUAUGUAACGAACUUCAAAGUAUAGAUACAACAAAAGUUUUGAACUCAGAUGCUUUGAAGAGUCUUAUAACAGACAAAGUUGGAGUUGUUGAAAGAAAAUAUAAAGACCAAAGAGUUUGUGAAAAUGUUGCAAACUUCGUCAUGGUUUCAAACAACGCUGUUCCGAUGAAGUUAGAAAGUUCUGACAGAAGAUAUGUAGUUGUCAGAACGUCAGAUUCUCAUAUGCAAGAUACAGAAUAUUUUGACGACUUAGCAGAAACUUUGACACCUAACUUUUACAACCACUUGUUCUCAUAUUUCAUGACAUUAGAUAUUUCUAAGUUCAAUCCAAGACAAAUUCCACAUACCGAAGAAAGACAAACAUUGUUAGAAGCAAACAAGAGUGUAUAUGAACUGUUUAUAGAUGAGACUAACUUUGAGUGUUUAGAUGAAAGGUCGUUGUACGAUGAAUAUAAACAAUAUUGUCAAGAGUAUGGUUAUAUGACAGCGUCUAAACGAACAUUCUUGGCAAAUGUCAAAAAUCUUUUAGAUGUUCAGAAUGGUGUAUAUACAAAGAAAAUUUUUAUGAGUAAAUUUUAA